AGAUGAAAUCUCCGCCCUGCUAUUAUAAAUACAUAACGGAUUUUACACGAUAUGUCACAACUCCAGGCUGCUGGGACUCCAUGCAAAUAGAGGCGUACAAUGCCGCGGUCUGUGAUCCAAUUCCCUUCAGUUACAUGAAAUGCGUCGUACAAGCUGCAGGACUUCUCAAUUCCGAUGGUUCAUUCAACGACGCGGCCUUCAAGACAACCACGUUGCAGAACAAGUGCAGUUCAGACACCGCGUUCUCAACCGCGUACCAGUCCUGCAGCAACUCCACCAUGAAAUACAUGAACUAUCCUCGGUUAUUCGUGUGCCUUGGUUACGGAGGCAUAUAUUAAUGAACUGACGCAACUGGUAAUGAAUGAACUCACCCGCAACACGGCGAACUGAACUCACCCGCAACACGUCGAACUGGACUCACCCGCAACACGGCGAACUGAACUCACCCGCAACACGGCGAA